AUGAUUGAUUGGGUUAAGAAACGCUAUCACAACCAGGCAAGCUCGAAGUACACUGUUACAAACAAUGAAAUUAAGCAGUAAGAAGGCUUGAAAAAACUGUUCAAAAUGUUUGCUGAUCCUUAGACUAAUCAAAUAAAAGUUGAAAGAAACAUUAUGAGGAAACUCAGACAUUAAAAAUAACUCAUUGGAGAUUUAUAGUUCCUUGCACUUCCCUCUGAUUUUUGUUCUCUGCUUUUUACUCUAAGCCAACUUUUACAAAGAGAUAAUAUCGUCAAUGAGCUCUCUGAUACUAGUAAACUAGAUUUGGAAAGUGUCACAAAGCAGACUUAAAGCUUUGUUAACUUAUUUUAAUAAGAUUAGCAGUACUUAGAAAAUAAUGAGAACGACAAAGUUGUUUCAUUUGUGAUUUAGAAUAUUGAGAAAAGCCUCUAACACCAAUAAUCAAAUAUUGGCAAAACUUUGAAUUCUAACUCUAGUAAUAUGAUAACUAUGACUGAAAAUAAAAUAGGUAGAUCAAUAUUUAGAAACAAUUUAAAUUAGAUCAAUGAAGAGGAGAAGCUAGAAACUGAGUCAACUAAUAGAACGUCAACUAUGCUUAAUCUUGAUUUGCCUGAUAAAAUAUUAAAACAUAGCUAUUCUACCAAGAAUAUUAAUCGCAAAAAGAUAAGCUUACCUAAAUAAAAUGAGGAGAAUCAGAAGACUAUGACAGUAUCUACUCUGCCAGCUAUAAGUUCUAAUGAUCAUAGCAGGUCAACUGUGAAUUUUUCAACAUAUCAAAGAUCAUUCCUGAAGUCUCCAAAGAAUAUGCCUUUGCCUCUAGAAUUUCCAUCUAAAUAUCCAUAUGUAACAAGCGUCCCUGACGAUAGAAACACUUUUAAUUUCUACUUUUAUAAAAAAGAUGAGCAUCAAGAAUCGCAUACACGCCGAUAAACUCUUGAUGACUACAAGAAAAUAAGAAAAACCAACCCUGAGAUUAUUUAAAGUAACUAUCAUGAAUAAAAGGCAGUCAUCAAUUAAUUAAACGUUUUAAAGUUAAAAAAGGAGCAAAUCAAAGAGAUUGCAGUUAAUUUCAAGGUAAAAAAUAAAAGAUAAAUUAGAAACUAGAUGCUUCAGCCAAUUGGUUUGGAUUAAUCUCAAAGCAAGAGUAAUGAUAAAGUUUGA